GACGAUUCAGCGCCUUCGGCUGGGGCGAUAGCUUCCUUGUCUUUCUCCGCUGGUCACCGCCACUAUGAACAAGAAGAAGAAACCGUUCCUGGGCAUGCCCGCGCCGCUCGGAUACGUGCCGGGGCUGGGCCGGGGUGCCACUGGCUUUACCACUCGGUCGGACAUUGGGCCUGCCCGGGAUGCAAAUGAUCCUGUGGAUGAUCGCCAUGCCCCACCAGGUAAGAGAACCGUGGGGGACCAGAUGAAGAAAAACCAGGCUGCUGAUGAUGACGAUGAAGAUCUGAAUGACACCAACUAUGAUGAGGUAAGUUUGUUGGGCUUCUCUGGCUGCUCACACCAGUCUCCAGAAAAGCUGACCAGUUUCUAUGUGAAGGGGUCAGAUUCAUAGGGCAUCUUUAGCAGAAUGUGAGAGGGGAGCAGUAAAAAUACAAAGAAAUGAAUUUUUUUGGGUCUCUUCAGGAGACAUAUUUGCAAGUUUAGAACCCUACUGCGUUGCAGGUGUUUUGUUUUACUUGUGGUUAGGAUGG